GUAACACUGCUAUUGAUACCGUUCCUCCCUUGAGAGGUUUAGCGCUUUCCCCCGCAUCGUUUCGGUCCUCGUAGUCUAAGAAGGAGUCCGGGAGCCUUAGAGUCAACACGGUUUCUUAAGCUUUUCAGGGGAGCAGCGGGGAGGGGGAGGUAGAGAAGGAAUUGAAGACCUCUUUAAAAUCUCUUCAGAACGAUGUUCUCCAUACACAAAAUAGGGUGUAUGUAACUGACUUCGCUCCAUGGACCUGCCCUAAUUACAAACCGCUAUUCUACACUUACCCCAGAAGUGCCUGCCCAUAGCUACAAUUCACUAGGCUUAAGGCCAGCUGUACCCCUGCCAGAUUCUGGGCCACGCCUUGGGGCAGCUCAUGGGGAAUUUCAGAUCCUGACCCUCACAAUAGUUGAUCAUGUCUGUUGAACACACAGCCAGCCCUCCUUCGGAUAAUCUGAAGUCCGUGUGCCUUGACCAUCUGGAAGAGAGGAGAGUGCGGAAGUGGGAAGGACAUUCCCCAAGAAGGGCCAGACGUGUGUGGUGCACUACACAGGAAUGCUUCAAAAUGGCAAGAAAUUCGAUUCAUCCAGAGACAGAAACAAGCCUUUCAAGUUCAGAAUUGGCAAACAGGAAGUCAUCAAGGGUUUUGAAGAGGGGGCAGCCCAGAUGAGCUUGGGGCAGAGGGCGAAGCUGACCUGCACUCCCGAUGUGGCAUAUGGAGCCACAGGCCACCCCGGUGUCAUCCCUCCCAAUGCCACCCUCAUCUUUGACGUGGAGCUGCUCAACCUAGAGUGAAGGCAGGAAGGAACUGAAGGUGGCUGGAGAUGGCUGCUGCUCACCCUCCUAGCCUGCUCGGCCACUGGGACGGCUCCUCCUGCUUGGGGCUCUUGAUCAGUGCGCUAACCUCACUGCCCCAUGGCAUUAUCCAUUCUCUCUGCCCAAGUUGCUCUGUGUUCCGUCACUGUUCACGCUAAUCUUUGCUUGAGGAAACUUUGGUUGCAGAUUGAAAUGUUUCAGGUUGUGCAUUUUGCGUGGUGCAUGUAGUAGCCAUUCCUGAUCACAGAACAGAUUUCUUGUUCGCACAAUCUACACUGCCUUACUUUUACUUAAGCCAGACACACAAGGUGCUCAGACAUGAAAUGUACGUGCUGUACACAGAGGGACUUGAGCCAGUUACCUUUGCUGUCACUUUCUCUCUUGGAAGUUCUGCUCACUUAAACAAUGUCCUCUUUGGAAAUGGUAUCUAAAAUAAAGGCUCUGUGCUUGACAAA